UAUUGAAGCUUUGUCAUACGAGGUAACUCUCCCAGUGCUCUCCCAGCUAAUAUCUGAAGCCUCAAGGAGCUGAAGGCAGCGUGCCAAGUGGAAACAGAGAGAUGUCGGGGAAAAGAGAAAAGCUGCAGGAGGCCUUGUGCCGCUACACUGCAGAUACUCUCUCCUACAUCGACACAGUGAGGAAAUUCUGUGAGGGGAGCACUGAGUGGAUGCCAAAGAGGGAGACAGAGGUGAACAAGUUGAACGACAUCAUAGAAAGAGCUGACAAAAUCAACCUGAAAUUCUACCAUGUCAUAAAAGCAAAGGGCAAAGGUAAGGCCUCUCUUGAAUAUAUAAAGAGCAAGUUUUACCAGGACAGCAGGCGUGCAAAGCUGCAGGAGGAGCUGGCUGCUGUGGUGAAGGACACUCUGGGAGGCCUGGAGGAGCUCCACUGCUUCCUGGAUGCAGUGGAGAAUCUGGCGGUCACCUCACUUCAUGUGUUCACGGAGGAGAACCAGCUGCUACAUCUGCCAGAAGGGGUCAGCCCUGAACAUGUCCAGGUGGUCAUCACUGCUGCACGGACAGUCUGUCCUCUCCUCCUCGAGUUUAAACGAGAUGCCAGUGUCUUCUUCCUCCCCAAGCUUCAGAAUGUAGAAGUGCUGUCAUAUCAGCUGGACAGAUACAUAAAGACCACAAAGAAUAUUUGUAGGAAGAUACAGGAACGCUCCUUCAGUGACUUCAGCCUGAAGAUAAACACAGAAACUCUGGUGGACCUCAGUGUGGAUUUGUCUGAAGAUGACAUACAAAGGAUGCUUCAUCAGAUUAAUCAGCUCCAUGAAAUCAGGAUGAACCAGAGCUUCCGGAUGGUGUUCUUGUUUCAGGAGGAACCAUGCAGUGGCUUCAUCAAUGAGUUCAGUAAGAGACGUCCCAGGAUGCUGCAGUCUCUAACAGACCUGGAGGAGACUGCUGUUCAGCUGGACAGCAUGAGUAAGGGGGCCAAGAUCUCCAGUGUGGGCGGCAGCUCAGUCGGGGCAGUUGGAGGUGUGCUUGCCAUCGUUGGUUUGGCAUUAAGCCCUGUAACAGCUGGAGCGUCUUUCAUUCUGACCAUGACCGGGUUAGGAAUGGGAAUUACCAGUGGAGUCAACAGUAUCGUCACCACUGGCACAGAGAUGGGAGUGAACUACACACAACAAAACAAAGCCAAAGAAACCUUCGAGAGCUUCAUGAAGGAUGUGAAGAGUCUCCAGGAUCGUCUGGUGGAGGUGAUCUAUCAACCAGUUAUCGGAAUAGAAACAAGUGAGAUAGAUUUGGACAAGAUUGCAAAUAAAGGUAGUUCUGCUAUUAAAAUCAUGGACGCGGCGGCUGAUGUUGCUUCUGCCUUUAAGCUGUUAAAAAGUGAAGAGAUGCUUGCAAGUGCUGGUAAAGUGGCAGCGCAGGAAGGAAAAGCGUUACGUAACGUACCCAGGGUGGCAGCAGAUAUCCCAGAUAUUGGACAGGCAGCAGUUAAAGGGCCUCUUGCUCUCUCCAAGUCAGCCAGGGCCGGUCUCAUCGGGCUCAACGCGCUCUUCCUCGGCAUGGAUAUCUUCUUCAUCUGUAAAGACAGCAUCAGUCUGGCCAAAGGCAGCGAGACUGAAUUAUCACAGUUCAUCAGAGCCAGAGCUGCACUGUGGAGCUCAGAGAUGGACUCAUGGCAGAAGAUCCACGACUUCCUGACCAAAGGUCUGGUGACAUCAGAGGAAAACAAAGCUAUCCUGGAGAUGCCUGUUUAUCCAGAGAGGGAGAUGAAAGAGAAAAAGUAAUGUGUGAUACAGUAGUGCUCAGUGAACAGAGAUUACUGCAUAUUUAGAACAACUCUGACACUCAGAUCACAUACAGUACCAGAUUCAUUUAAUGUCUCUGUUCAGCAUCAAACAUCAUUUUGAAACAAUGAGAUUUCCAUCUGAUCAAGUAAAUUAAGAACAAAAUAAAAAAUAGUUGGUCGACAGGCAGUGGUGCAUUUGUGCAACUCUCACUAUGUGUCUUUAACAGACAAAUGUGAAUAUAUUUGACCAUAUAUACAAAUAUAAUCUUAGUAGGUAUAGCCCAUACACUGUAUAAACUAUAUGAUUUAGGAUUUCUUACUGUUAAGUUCUCAUGACAAACCUGAUUUAUUGAGUCCACAUUUUAAUGAGUAAGUGGGCAGUAGCUUUCCUUGACUGAGUUUAUCAACGAUAUGUGGCUAUAAGGCUUGUCUCAAUAUAUAAUGCAUUAUGUCAUUCAUCUAUAUGUUUUGUUAAAACUUUUAAGUGAAAGAUUGAAAUACUACAGAUCAAUACAAAUGCCAUUUCCAGUGAUCCAAAGCAUGUUUUACUUUAUAAUCACAUUAUGGUUUUAUGAAUAAGAUGAGAGCUUCAUACUUUGAUUAUGUUGUAUUAAAAUAAUGCUUUUAAAUAUUUUUUUUCUGCUUCAGUCAGUAAAAACUGAGAAGCAAAACCACAUCAGUACUGAGAUAUUUUGCUUAUAUAUAUUUUUUUUUCAGAAACUGGAACCAUUUCUCCAAAGUCAAGAUGACAAUGCAGUAAUUUUCUGUACCUGUCUUUGCAAUGUGUAAUCUUUCAGCCGAAUGCGUUAUUUUUUCUUUUUUUUUUCAAUAAAACUGUUUCCUGGUAUUCACUAAGGAAAAGAUUGUAUUCAGCAAAUUUCAAAAAUAUUUUAUGUGCUGAUUAUUAAAAUUAAUA